UAUAUAUAUUGUACCAUCCUUGGUUCUGUUUGGGGCUGAUUUUUGUUAAUUUUUGGGAAUAUGGUUGGGGAAAUGGAAACGAAGGAGAAACCGAAGCCUACCCCAGACUAUCUCAUGCAGCUCAUGAAUGAUAAGAAACUGAUGAGCAGCCUACCCAACUUCUGCGGAAUUUUUAACCACCUCGAACGGCUGCUUGAUGAAGAGAUCAGCCGUGUACGGAAGGACAUGUACAACGACACGCUAAACGGCAGCACAGAGAAGCGGAGCAGUGAGCUCCCAGACGCAGUGGGCCCCAUGGUGCAGCUCCAGGAGAAACUAUUUGUGCCUGUGAAAGAGUACCCCGAUUUUAACUUUGUGGGCCGUAUCCUGGGACCACGGGGGCUGACAGCCAAGCAGCUGGAGGCAGAGACAGGAUGUAAAAUCAUGGUGCGCGGAAAAGGCUCCAUGAGGGACAAGAAGAAGGAAGAGCAGAACCGCGGCAAACCCAACUGGGAGCACCUCAACGAGGACCUGCAUGUCCUGAUCACAGUGGAGGACGCACAGAACCGCGCUGAGAUUAAGCUGAAGCGGGCUGUGGACGAGGUCAACAAACUACUGGUGCCUGCGGCGGAGGGAGAGGACAGCCUGAAGAAGAUGCAGCUGAUGGAGCUGGCCAUCCUCAACGGCACCUACCGAGACGCCAACAUCAAGUCACCAGCCCUUGCCUUCUCUCUUGCAGCGAACGCCCAGGCGCCCCGCAUCAUCGCCGGCCCCGCCCCCAUGCCCCAGAACGCCCUGCGCACUUCCACCCCGGCCGGCCCCACCCUAAUGCCCCUGAUCCGACAGAUCCAGACCUGCAUGCCCAACGGCUCGCCCCACCCGGGCGUCAUGACCCAAGGUCCCGAGUCGGGCCUCAUAUACGCGUCGCCGUACGAUUACCCCUACACGCUGGCCCCUGCCACCUCCAUCCUGGAGUACCCCAUCGACUCCAGCGGGGUGUUAGCGUCCUCAAAGGCCGAAGAGCUGCCCCUCUACCUGGGGUUUCAGACCUGUCACUUUCCCAUCACUGUGCAGCGAGGAGAGCCCUGCAACCGGCCUCCCUUUUAAAGAAACGUCCCUUCCCUCCCUCUUUCCCUCCACCCCCUCAAACAACACACACCCACCUCCUCAUCUCCCUCCUCCCUCCCCGCCACCACACGCUGGACUGGUUGAGGAUUGGCCCUCUCUGAGCAACCACAAGCCACAAGGGGAAGCCUCGGCCCUUCCUCUUUUAAUGUCUGUUCAAAGUGACGUGUGUGUUACUGAUCAACUCUUUUUGAUUUCCUGUCCUGAUGAUGAUGAUAAUGAUGAUAUAUUUGUGUAUGAUGAUGAGGGAGAACUGAGCUCCACCUUGCUGCAGACCCCCCUUGGGGGCGCCCCCCUCUCUCUGGGUGUGGCUUGGGGGCGUCCUGAGGGGUAACAUGAGGACAGUGAGGGGUCAGAGGGGGUCGACAGAGAGGGCUUGCGGAGCCAAUGGGGGAGAUGGUGUGUGUUGGCGAUGGGGCACCUGCAGUUAAAGCGUCUAGGCUUGACAGGCUUUAUUCACAAAGGGAUUUUAGGACAUUCUGUCCCGACACUGACAGUCUUAACUUCACUCUCAUGAAAAAUAUUCACAGAAUGAGACUUUCAGCUCAAGUGUAGCCCAAACGACAGUCAGUGAGUGAACAACAUAGCCCUUUUGUACAACGCAUUUUUGCAUGGACUCAAACGGAGUGUCCUAAAAUGGCUUCGGGAAUAGAGGCCUGGUAGUGUCUUGCUUCUCAAAGGACAGGAAUUCCUGCCACUAAUUCACCGUUCCCUUCCUUUAUUCAAUAGGUGUGGCUUUCCCCACGAAAGGCUAAAAGAGUUUCACGGAUCCUUACUGAGCCCCUCAUCCGAUCACACAUGUGCUUUUGUUUCACAGCUGCCUUGAGUGUAAUGAACCAAGAUCCGGGCAUAUAGCAGACAGGCAGACAGGCAGACAGACAGACAGACAGACAGACAGACAGACAGACAGACAGACAGACAGACAGACACAGGCAGGCAGGCAGGCAGGCAGGCAGGCAGACACAGGCAGGCAGGCAGACACAGGCAGGCAGGCAGACACAGGCAGGCAGGCAGACACAGGCAGGCAGACAGACACAGGCAGGCAGGCAGACACAGGCAGGCAGACACAGGCAGGCAGACAGGCAGACACAGGCAGGCAGACAGACACAGGCAGGCAGGCAGACAGACACAGGCAGGCAGGCAGACAGACAGACAGGCAGACAGGCAGGCAGGCAGGCAGGCAGGCAGGCAGACAGACAGGCAGGCAGGCAGGCAGGCAGGCAGACAGACAGACAGACAGACAGACAGACAGACAGACAGACAGACAGACAGACAGACAGACAGACAGACAGACAGACAGACAGACAGACAGACAGACAGACAGACAGACAGACAGACAGACAGACAGACAGACAGGCACAGACAGACAGACUGGCAGGCUCCCUCACUACUGAUGUUUACACCGGCCAAACCUCCCUGAAGAGGCACGGGCCUUAACGCCAUGCAUUAUGUGUGAGUGUGUAUGUGCAUCCUGUACACACAUUCAUAGAAGUAUAUUUUCGCAGACCUACGGUAUGCGACUGUUCCACUGACUGCUAUGUCUGGGAUUGAAAACCUAUACAAUACUGUCACGCUUUACUAAUCACUUAAUUCAUUGCCUUUUUUUUCUACCUAUUCUUUUUAUUUUUUAUUUUAUAAGAGAUGUUCAUUUUUUUUACUACUGCAAAUGUGCCUAAAAGCUUUCAUCUCUGGGCUUUAACCAGAGAGUGAGUGAUCAGUAUUAUAUUUAAAACGAAUAACUGAAGAGAUGCACUUCCUGAUGCUCAACCUGAGAUUAUGUGACUAGUAAAGCUCCCCUGUGUGUGUGUGUGUGUGUGUGUGUGUGUGUGUGUGUGUGUGUGUGUGUGUGUGUGUGUGUGUGUGUGUGUGUGUGUGUGUGUGUGUGUGUGUGUGUGUGUGUGUGUGUGUGUGUGUGUGUGUGUGUGUGUGUGUGUGCAUAAAUGCCUAAUUCCUGCAAAUUUGUAACAAGGACUCAAGAAAACAAUGGAUCCUUACAGUCAAGGUUACUCCAUAGUCACAAAUGCUACUAUGUCCAAGAUUUCUCCUUGUUACGAUGAAGUAUAUGAGUAUAAUUUGUGCCUUAACAUGUAUUUCUAAAGAUUUUUUCCUAAUUGUGUUACGUGUUUGGUCGUAUAAACCUUGAUGAUAUGACGAAUUGACUUGAUGGAAACGGCGAAGGAGGAAAUGACCUAAUCCUUGUUUUGGUCAUGUUGUUGCAAUCCGAGCAGGUGCAGUGACUACUAAGAUUCGAAGGCACGAACUGCGGGUCCAUCCUUACCAAAGGAUAGUGACCGCAGACCGAGGUUAGUUUAGCUCUUAUGCAUUUGUGUUUUAUUGCCAAUGCCUGCUCACUGUUGGUCCUGAUCUGUUUUGCAACAUGUACAAAUUGUUCAGCUAGUCGUUCCGGUUUGUGAUGUGAUGCAGCAUACUGCGCACCCUUCCUCGUCGUGGCCUCUAAGAAACAUUUAUUUGGAAUACAUUUGUUCUCAGAGUGCGUACGUGGAGGGCUGUACAAGGUGAUUCUGAGAACUAGUGACCACAACACAUUGGCCGAAUGAUGCUUUUGCAAUCUCGGUAGAGACACAAACAUACACACCUGCGUUUAAAAAAAACAAAAAACUACUCCACUCUAUUAUUUCGAUGACUUUAUGAAUCUGACAUGAUGUCGAUGACAAAUAAUGGACGAUACCCCUUUUAUUAAAAAAGAAGAUCAAAUGACCUGUAUUUUAGUUUCCCCCCUCCGUUCAACGAGGAGGUUGCAAUUUUAUUUCAAAUGCACUUAAGUCUUCAGCUUCUUACGUGGAUAAUGUCGCGUUUUAAUCGAUAAAUUAUGUCCAUUUUGUAUUUAUUUGUUUGAGGAAAUGAAUGUGUUGGGAAUCUGACCCGUUGUAUUGUCAAGGACAACACAGAAGUGUAAACCUGUCAUGUCAUAUUAUAAUUUUUUAUCUCCCCAUUUUUACUACAGUAUUUUUUUGAAGUCUCAACAACGGCGUUAUAAGAAAAGUUGGAUGGACACGUGGUAUAGACUAUAGGCUAUAGACUGGAAAUGGUUUUAUUCUGCAGAUAAGGUAAACAAACACAACCGUCAAAGCUGUCGCUCUCUAAAGUCCACAUGCGUCACACCUUCUUCUCGAAGUCCAUUACAGACCUUGUAAUAUUCCCACUGAACACUGAGAAUAACCAAGGGAGUCAACCAGAGAAUCUGUCUCUAUCGGUGCCUUUUCUCUGUUUUAUCCUUAUACCCCUGGUGCUUAAUACACCAAGUGUGCCUUGUGAUGAUACACAGUGUGGGUGUAUGUACAUUUCACUCCAGAUCAUUCCUUGUACCCAAUCAAGUGAGUGUUUGCAAUGUGCCAGAAAAUAGGAUGCAAAUGCCAAUUGAAAAACUGCCUACAUGCAGACAUUUUUGGAUAAAUCAACCUACAUUUUAGUACAUACGUUGAAGUUGAAAACCCAGUGAAAUUGAUUCAAUUGUAAUAUUGUUUAAAUAAGUCCAAUUCACGAAUCACCUUUUUUUUUGCUGCUAGAUGAUGUGGAACAAUUAACAUAUAUAUUUAACAGUAUAUGCAAACUGGGUCUAAGGAUAUUCAGGUUUCGGCACUGUCGCGCUGUCUGUGAAUUGCCUCUGAAAACUUGAUAGCUCAAAUCUGCCCUAAAACAAAUAAAUUAAUAUAAAAAUAACUGUAAUAUGGAGUUACUUAAGAAGUGCAUAUUAUACAAAGGGUAUUAUUACUAAAAGGUCAAACCUUAAUCCAUACUGAUAAUAAAUGACAAUAAUGGUGACGGAUAGGUUACUGACAAAUUGAAUGACAAACCAACAUCCGAUGAAAUUGCACAAAAGCCUGUAUUCAAUCGACCUCUUCAUAGGUUUGGCUCCCACACUCUGAUGAACAGUUUUACACCAUUAAAACUUUAAUGGUUUAUUCAAACAUUACGCUAACACAACGUAAUAUGAUUGACGUAUCAGUGCGGUUUUGGGGGGUUGAACCAUGAGGCAGGGGGGAUUGAGUGCAGGCCAACCGGUCAAGCCUGUGUGUAAGAGGCAGGCUGACUGGUGGAAGCAGGGAGGAAGCUAUGAUGGCGUCUGAGAUCUGGGCCUUUUCAUCAGCUCAUAUUGGCAAAGCUGUUGAACGGUCUCAAAAUAGCAAAUACACUAUCAAAUGAGUACGUCAAUUGGGGUCUAGAGAUUUACAGUGCCUUCCGAAAGUAUUCACAAACUGAAUUUAAAAUGAAUUAAGUUGAGAGGUUGCGUCAGUGAUGUAGACAACACCCCAUAAUGUCGAGGUGGAAUUGUUUUUAGAAAUGUUUACAAAUUAAAAAUGAAAAGCUUAAGUCUUGAGUCAGUAAGUAUUCAACCCUUUUGCCUAGUAAUAAUAAGCUUAACAAGUCACAUAAGUUGCAUGGACUAUGUGUGCAAUAGUAGUGUUUAACAUGAUUUUUAAAUGACUACCCCAUCUCUCUACCCCACACAUACAAUUAUCUUUAAGGUCCCUCAGUCGAGCAGUGAAUUUCAAGCACAGAUUCAACCACACAGACCAUGGAGGUUUUCCUAUGUUUCACAAAGAAAGGCACCUAUUGGUAGAUGGGUAAAAAAAACAGACAUUGAAUAUCACUUUGAGCAUGGUGCAGUAAUUAAUUGUACACAUUUGAUGGUGUAUCAAUACACCCAGUCACUACAAAGAUACAGGCCCCCUUCUUAAAUCAGUUAUGAGAAGAAGGAAACCGCUCAGUGAUUUCACCAUGAGGCUAAUGGUGAUUUUACAACAGUUACAGAGUUUAAUGGCUGUGAUAGGAACUAACUGACAAUGGAUCAACAACAUUGUAUUACUAACAUAAAUGACAGAGUGGAAAGAAGGAAGCCUGUAGGAAAAAACUAUUCCAAAACAUACAUCCUGUUUGCAAUAAGGCAGGCGCUGAAGUAAUAGUGCAAAAAAUGUGGCAAAGAAAUACACGUUUUUUCCUGAAUACAAAGCAUUAUGUUUGAGGCAAAUCUAACCUAACACAUCACUGUGUACCACUCUUCAUAUUUUGAAGAAUGAUGUUGGCUGCAUCAUGUUAUGGAUAUGCUUGUCAUCGGCAAGAACGAGGGAGUUUUGUAGGAUAAAAAUAAAUGGAAUACAGCUAAGCAUAGACAAAAUCUGAGAGGAAAACCUGGUUUAGCCUGCUUUCCAUCAGACACUGGGAGACAAAUUCACCUUUCAGCAGGACAAUAACCUAAAACACAAGGCCAAAUAUACACUGUUGCUUACCAAGAUGACAUUGAAUGUUCCUGACUGGCCUAGUUCAAUUUUUGACUUAAAUCGGCUUGAAAAUCUAUGGCAAGACUUGAAAAUGGCUGUCUAACAAUGAUCAACGACCAUCUUUUUAUUUAUUUAUUUAAACCCUGUAAGUUGACUGAGAACACGUAGGGGAGAGAAGGGAGAUGAAUGACAGCACACUACACAGGGCAAUGUCCCCAAUCACUGCCUUGUGUUAUUGGGAUAUUUUUUUUUGGGGGGGGGGACAAGAGGACAGAGUCCUACACCACUUCCAGCAGCAUCUGGUGUCCUAUCUAGCGACUGACCCGGACCAACCUUUCUUAGCUUUUGAGGCAAGCCAGCGGUGGGAUGCAGGGUGGUAUGCUGCUGGGGGGGGGGGGUUGAAUACUUAUCUAUUCAAGAUAUAUUACUCUUUUAUUUCCCAUUAAUAAAUAAAAAAUAUUCCACUUUGACAUUACAGAGUAUUUUGUGUAGGUCAUUGACAAUCUUUUUUUCAAUUAAAUCCAUUUAAUCCCACUUUAUAACACAACAAAAUCUGGGAAAUGUAAAAGGGUUUGAAUACGUUCUGAAGGCACUGUAUACAGUAUAUUCUAUUUAGAUUUUCCUCUGGACACUUUACAGUGCAUUAGAAAGCAUUUUACAACAGCUCUCAACGAUACAGUUCUUAAGCUCUUAAUACAGUAAGAUUUACAAUAUUUUGUCAAUCUGGUAAAGAAGCCUUAUUUUCUUUACAUCUGUUUGAUUGUUGCUUCAUUUGAAAAGAGAGACUACAGCACAAAUCUUAUUUUGCACUGAAUGAUUUUUUUUAAGUCAAAAGCAUUCUUCAUCUCCUCUGCUGCAGUCAGAUUGGCAGAACCUCAGACGAUGAAAUGAAACAUAUGAUCUAAGCUGCAUACGUCUUAAACGGACCACUGUGGAGUGGACAGAGAAUUCUAGGGUCCAUUUUGGAUGAGAAAUUGCCAGAGUGUGAAUGCAUUUACCAGAAAUGUUCCACUUGAGAAUAAAAAAAAAAUGUUUUACUGUAAAGCUUCUUUAAAUGUUUUGUUGUUGCAAAGAAAAUAGUAUUUACUUGUGGCUUCUUGAAAUAUAUAUAUAUAAAUAUAUAUAUAAAAUAUAAAGCAGGAAUGUAUAUGAAAUGUCAGAAAUAGCAAGGAUUAUUCUAUAGGGCUAUUUGUAGGAAAGACAAAUAUCCAUCAUAGCAGCUUUAUAGCACCACUUUAGAAAAUGUCCUCUAUUUUUGAAUAUAUUUUAGGGCUUUAAACAAAAGACAGGACCUUUUCAGUGUUUAUAUGCAAGUGCAUUUUAUAUUAUGUGUCCUGUGAAUUGUAUAUUGUCUCCUAAGCUGAGGGCACUGGCUGAAGUGACGGCUUUGGCAUGCUCACAGCUUAACGUUUCAUGGCUAGUGUGCUAUUUUAGAAAAUACCAUGUAGUGUUGCUUUGUAUCAUUAAAGCAAAGAUUGUCAUGCUUGUUGUAAAUAGAAAACAUACUUUGAAAAGGCAAUAAAAAAAUGAUAUUGAAUAUUUUUUAAUUUUUUAUGACAAACA